GGUCUCGCGGGAGAGCGUUCCACGUCGGACCCUGUCUCGUAUUAGACGAGUGCUGCGCCUAGCUUUUUUGUACGAAGCAUAUGUCACUUGUGGCUGCAAAUUGCUGCGCUUGUGCCAGAUGUCCUGCUUCGAACUUACUGUAGCAACUCAUGCGACUCGACUUUCGGCUUACCUCAGAGCAACUCUUUUUGCCUGGUGCUUCUGGCUUCUCUCAUGGCAGGGACCAUCAAGUGCAAAGAUGGGCGGAUCACCGUCUUCAACAACCAAGGCGCCCUGGUGCUGAUGGAAGGCGUGUCGCAGUACCUGCACCCCACUUCUAGCACGAAGACGGCGGGGGUGCUGUCGCUGUGCCUGCGAGCACCAGCGCCAGCCUCCAGGCAUGAGGUGGACCUUGGUUCCUGGGCGUGCACUUCCACGCAGCAGGCGUGGCUGGCUGCGGCGCGCUGCAAGUUGUGGUGGAUGACCCCGGAGUGGGGCAGCGUCCGUGACCCCAUCCCCACAGAGACGCAGAUGCUUUUGGUGCGCUUAGCCAUGGAACCGGAGGCGGAACAAGGCACCUACGUCUUCAUUCUGCCCUUGGUUACAGAGCAUUUCCGGUCGAGCCUCUCCCAGAACGGCAGCGCCAUCAUGUUUGCCGCAGAGACAGGUGAUGUGGAAACGCAGGCGUCUGAGGUGGAUCCGGCCUUGCUGCUGGUGGCUGGAGUUGAUCCCUUUGAGACGAUCCACCGUGGAUUCGCCGCUGCCGCAGAGUUGCCGGGCAUGAACUUCAUCUUGCGCGGGCAGAAGCCGGUGCCUGCGAGCCUGGGGCUCUUUGGGUGGUGCACCUGGGACGCCUUCAUGAACUUGGCGGAGUACCGGAGCAACGUGACGCCCGAAGGCAUCCUCGAGGGUGUGAAGGGCUUCGCGGAGGGAGGCGUGCCCGCACGGCGCAUCAUCAUUGACGAUGGCUGGCAAACCACCGGGGUCGAUGCUCAGACAGAGCGUGAAGUCAUCCUGGACCGCACCGAGGCUUGUUCCCCGGCUUGCACCACAGGCUUGGUCAAGAUUCCAGUCAGCAGAAGUCAGGCAGAGAUCUUGAGCAACAACCCUUGCACGGAGUCUCCUCAUCCCAUUCCUCCCCCAAGUGGACUGGCCCAUGUCCUUUUUGAGAGGCUCUACUCGGCCAUAGCCGAGGGGGCGAGGACCGGCAGCAAGCGUUUGGCAUGCUACCAGGGUUUGACUCAAUGCUUGCCCUCAAUGUACCGCAAGACGCUUGCGCGGCAGGGCCCAGAUCAGGGCAAGCGCCUGCGGUCAUUCCAGGCCAACCGUACCUUUGAGCGUCCCGAAGAUGGCAUAAGCAUGAAGAGCCUGGUGGCCGAGCUCAAGAACGAGCUGAAAGUGCAGAGUGUCUUCUGCUGGCACCAUUUGGUGGGCUACUGGUGCGGCCUAGAGCCACUCUCCGACCAUUUUGCGGACAUGGAGCUUCAGUGCAAAGAGGUGUUCUUCACCAAGGGCAUUUCGGGUGUGGAGCCCUCCAUGGAAUUCAGCACCUUCAAGACGAUGCAGGUGGGCAUGCCCGCGGGCGAGCGUGGCGCCGCGAAGCUCUACGAUGGCCUCCACGGCUUCUUGCAGGACGCGGGGGUCGACGGUGUGAAGGUGGAUGGCCAGUCCAUCCUUUCACAGGUCGGCCAGGGACAGGGCGGUGGCCCUGCCGUUUCUCGCAAGUACAUCUCAGCAUUGGAGGCAUCUGCUCAGAAGCACUUCGGCUCCGCUUCGGAGGUUAUCACCUGCAUGUCCCAUGCCAAUGAUGCCUUCUUCAACUACAAGCAGGCUGCUUACUGCCGAGUCAGCGACGACUUCUUCCCAGAUGAUGCAGCGUCACAAGCAUGCCACAUUUGUUCAUGCGCCUUUAACGGCCUGUUUCUGUCUGAGCUCUUCAUUGCUGAUUGGGACAUGUUCCACAGCAAGCACCCGUCUGGUGAGAUGCAUGCAGCAGCCCGGGCAAUCUCUGGCGGUCCCAUCUAUGUGUCGGAUCGCCCUGGUGAGCAUGACUUUGAGCUACUGAAGCAACUGGCCACCCCGGACGGAGAGCUUCUACUAUGUGAUGGCCCGGCUCGGCCUACCCGAGAUUGCCUGUUCCGCGAUCCGCAGAAGGACAACAAGACAGUCCUGAAGAUCUUCAACACCAACAGCGCCGAGAAGCUGGGUGUCUUGGGCUUGUUUCACAUCCAAGGCUCCUCCUGGGAUCGCUCGCACAGGCGCUUCGCCAUGUUCCAGCACAGGGAGGCGCCACUGCACGCCUUGGCCCGCCCCCGGGAUGUGGAGGCGUUCCGCUCAGCUCAGCUGUCCGCUCAGAGUCCCGCGACCGGCGAGUUUGCCGCUUUUCAGCGGUCCAAGUCGGAGAUUCUGCUGCUUCCGGACGGGUACCACAGCAUCCCGCUGGAGUUGGGGGGGGACUCUGCCACUGCCCAGCGUUUCGAGGUGGUCACCUUCAGCCCCGUCUGGCAGAUCCCGGGGCACGUAGACGCGCGGUUCGCGGCCAUUGGGUUGGAGGACAUGAUGAAUCCAGGAGGAGCUGUGAAGGACAUGCGGGCUCUGCAGGGCUCUGUGGAGGUGGUGGGACGAGGGAGCGGGCACUUCGCCUUCCAUGCGGACCCUCCGCCCAGGCGCUGCACUUUGUCCGCAGCGGCACCGGCGGACGCGGCACCGGCGGACGCACCGGAAUCGGCCGAAUUGGUGGUGAGGACUCGGACCUGCGAGGGCCACUUGAACGGCAACAAGCAUGCCACGGAGCAUCUCACCUCGCUGCCCCUCCGCUAUGUCGUCAUUCCGGAGAACUGGACAACGGUGACUUGGGCGCUUCGCUUCGAGUGGUAAGGCCUAAGGCCUGCAAAGAGAUGUAAAGGGAGACCGGUGACUUGCGUUUGUACAGGCUAUGAAUUUUGGACGCGCAAGAGCUGUUGUUGCCCUUACAUCAGCUAAUCUAGCUGUUUGGUCAAUUGGUGUGCAUUGCAUGUCAGAACAGACCGGCCAUUGGUGCCAGACCAAACAUCUCUUCUCGCGAAAAGCUGUUGCCGCCUUGUGAUUCGCUGGCAGUGGUGGAUUGGUUCCCUGCCAUGUGCCAUGUGCCUUCCCUCGAUUUGCCAGAGCCAUACGGUGCUUUCACCGCGGCACGAUGGCCCGCGCUUGUUGCUCAGGCCAUGCUGUUUGCAACCUCAGGCGCAACGUCGCUCGCCUGGUGUUCUUCAUGCUGCGCAAGUCUGGGC